UUUACCUGCCACACCUGAACUAAAGCAGGAAGCAGUUUGUGAUUGUUGGUUCCUGCAGAGAGACUCCCAGACGAUCAGAUUCACCUUCAGACCAAACUAGCAGCUUCCUCUGAGUGAGUCCAGCUGCAGGAGAGAAAAGUGGAAACCUCCAACACUGCUGCUUCAAGCUGCUCACACUCCACACACUGAAGCUUCACUCAGAGACUAAAUGGCUUCCAGGUUAGAGGAGGAUCUCUGCUGUCCGGUUUGUAAGGAUAUCUUUAAGGAUCCAGUUGUUCUGUCAUGUAGCCACAGCUUCUGUAAGGAGUGUCUGAAGAACUGCUGGACAGUAGGAGAUGAACGACCAUGUCCUUUUUGUAGGAAGCAGUCAAGCACGGAUGAUCCUCCCUGUAAUCUGGUUCUGAAGAACCUGUGUGAGACCUUCUUACAGCAGAGAGAGCAGAGAGCUUCAGAGGAUCUCUGCAGUCUGCACUCUGAGAAACUCAGACUCUUCUGUCUGGACCAUCAGCAGCCAGUGUGUGUCGUCUGCAGAGAUUCAAAACUCCACAGAAGCCACAGCUUUGCUCCCAUAGAUGAAGCUGCAGAGGAUCACAGAAUGAAUCUUCGUUCAUCUCUAGAAACCUUGAAGAAGAAGCUGGAGGUCACGAAGAAAAUUCAGGAGGAGUUUGAUCAGACAGCAGAACACAUGAAGGUCCAGGCCCGACACACAGAGAGGCUGAUUAAGGAGCAGUUUAAGAAGCUUCAUCAGUUUCUAGCAGAGGAAGAGGAGGCCAGGCUGGCUGCACUGAGGGAGGAAGAGGAGCAGAAGAGAGGGAUGAUGAAGGAGAAGAUGGAGGCUCUGAGCAGAGAGAUAGCAGCUCUUUCAGCCACAGUCAGAGCCACAGAGGAGGAGCUGAGAGCUGAAGACGUCUCAUUCCUGCACAACUACAAGGCUGCAGUGGAAAGAGUCCAGCACUGCCCCCUGCUGGAGGAUCCACAGCUGCCCUCAGGAGCUCUGAUAGACCAGGCCAAACAUCUGGGCAACCUGGCCUUCAACAUCUGGAGAAACAUGAAGAACAUGGUGUCCUACAGUCCUCUCAUCCUCGACCCAAACACUGCUGGUUCAGAACUCAUCCUGUCUGAGGAUCUGACCAGCGGGACUAGAGGAAAGAAACAGAAGCUUCCUGAUAAUCCAGAGAGGUUUGGGUCUUGGUGUGGUUCUGUCCUGAGUUCUGAGGUCUUUGACUCAGGGAACCACAGCUGGGAUGUUGAUGUUGGAGACAGUAAAUACUGGAUGCUUGGUGUGUUAGAACAGUCUGUUCAGAGGAAGGGAGAUAUAGAGUCUGGAUGGUAUGUUAUAUGGUUUAAUCAAGGUAAAUACUCAGCAGAAUCUCCAGGAGCCCAUUCCAUAGAUCUCUCAGUUCAGAAGAAGCUCCAGAGGAUCAGAGUGAAUCUGGACUGGGACAGAGGAAAGUUGUCCUUCUCUGAUCUGGAGACUAACACACACAUACAAAUCUUCAGACACACCUUCACUGACAAAGUGUUUCCAUGGUUCUACACUGUGGGUAAAGUAAAAAUCUUACCCAUGAAGAUCUCAGUGAGCAAACAGCAGCUCUGAUGUUCUCAGCAUGAAGAACACAAAGUCCAAAUGAAACCUUAUUGAUCUGAUUGAAACUCAGUGUUUGAAACAGGAAAUUGGAGAUGAUCUGAUCUGACUAAUCAUCUGGUUGUUUUCAGGUCAGUUUCAGAUCUGCUUCAUAAUCUGUCCAGAUGCUACAAACUAAGACAUGAAGUGGAUGAUGUGGAGUUUAGUUUGGUUCUGACAGCAGAUCCAGGUGUGCUGAUCAUGACCAGGGAACAGGUGAGGUUAGUGGAGACAUCAGGACCCUGGAGAG